ACAGUUCAGCUUCUGACGCAGAACAAAAACUACUACUCUCAAGAUGGUGUCCAAAGUGGUGUUCUUUGCCCUCCUCCUGACCUGUGUCGUCGCCAUGACCUUGGCUGGCCCAGUGCCCGAACCGGAACCAGGCUACGGCUAUGGUGGAUAUGGCGGUUUCGGUGGAUUCGGCGGCUUUGGUCGUGGCGGAUAUGGCGGUUAUGGUGGCUACGGAGGUUAUGGUGGUCAUGGUGGCUAUGGUGGCUAUGGAUGGUCAGGCUAUGGAAAAUGAAGAAACUUCUGCCGAACCUUUCUUCCCUUUUGGAGAGAACGAUGAUGGUAACCAGAUCACCAAUCCUCCUUCGUUAGAACAUCGAAUGAUUUGGAUAAAGAUCAUAUAUCUUUUAAGACAUCUAUAUCUUCAUCUAAUUUUAUUUCUGUGAAUUAAUGUUCGAGUUCUCGGAUAUUGGCAAUGUCAUCCGUAUCCGUAGACGUAUCUGUGCUUCCGUCAAUAAAAAAAGAUUUUUUGUGAUAAAACUGAAGAUAUUAAAGAGGAAAAAUAAAGAUUACAACGUA